UUAAAAUAAAUAUUCUUUACAGAAUUGGUAAACAAUGAGGUCACUAGUCCUUCUACUGACGACAUGCUCGUGUCUCGUGUCAAGUAUUCCACCUCCACACCCUGAUGUCCUGGCGGUGAGGCAGGAGGAAGAGCGUCUACCUCCAAUACUGAGAAGUCCAGCGCUGCGGAACCCUCACUUACUGCAAGUCUUGCCUCUAACCAGCCUGUUACAUAAAGGAGAGAACCUCGUCUACGCACGAGACGCUCAUGAUGUGUCACGGAAGGAGAUCUACAAGAUCCUCACACAUGCGGGUCUUAUUCCGAGGAAGAAAUUCCCACCAUCAGAAUACAGCCAUAGCCAUAGGUUCAACCAUAUACCAAUCUCCAUCAACAAAUGGAACGAAGCAGACUUUUCUGACUCGGCAUUCAACCAAGAAGUCUUGCAAUUCUUGUAGUUGAAAUGACUUAGAGUGAUGUGAAUCCUGAAAUUUUGUGAUUAUUUUUAUGAACGUAUUUGUUUUCUUUUAUGACCUUCGUGCCUACCGAUGACUUUGUUAGUAUCGUUUUUUUUUUCAUUAAAUUAGUUAUGAUUAGACCAAAUUAUAAUAAUAGUUCGAUGGUUGUUGUGUGUUAAAA